AUGGCUAUAAAUGAAACCUGGCUUAGGGAGGGGGAGGAGGGACGGGCACCGGUCGUGCCGAACUAUAGUCUGCGCCACGUCCCCCGGCCGCGAUCGGUGCGCGAGCGCGGCGGCGGCGUCGGCUUCUACAUCAGAAAAGCAAACGGCGUGACCUUACGCCCCGGGAUGGCCAUGUUCCUGCACCUCUGGGCCACGCACCGCAACACCAAGUACUGGGGCGACGACGUGGAAGAGUUCCGGCCCGAGAGAUUCCUGGAAGGGCCGCUGAAGCACCCCGCGCAGUUCGUGGCCUUCAGCUACUCGCUGCGGAACUGCAUCGGAGGUAACUACGCCAUAAUGUCAACGAAGACGAACCUAUCGAACCUGCUGCGUCGCUACGAAAUGCUGCCGCCGCUGAGCGUGCCGCCCGACCAGCUGCUGGCCCCCUUCAGGGUGAAGUUCGACGUCAUGAUGAAGCACUGCGACAACUUCGAGCUCAGGAUACGGAGUAGACACAAUGGACAAGGGAAAAAGUGAUCCAGCAAAAUAGUGCGCGCGAAUGAGGGUCUAAGUUGGAUGUGCGUUU